AUGAGAUAAAAGAACUAUUUAACUAUUGAAGUAGUAAAAAAGGUGAUAAAAGAAAUUGAAAAGUGUGAUGAAAUUAAUUUUAAAGAGAUUCCAAAAUAUAUUCCAAAUAUAAAGAAGUCUCUGUAAAUAAAGAAGUUCCAGUUUAUAAAGAAGUUCCAGUUUAUAAAGAAAUUCCAGUAGAGAAAUCAAUGAAUGGUUACAACGAUAUUUCAGGGUAUCAUGAUAUUCCUACCUUGAGAAUAUAACUAUUUACUAGAAGGUUCGAUUUUAUAAAGAAGUUUCUUUAUAUUCAGAACCAGUUAAUAUUUACAUAGAAUUUUUUGUCUAAAAAGAUAUUCAAAGAAUUCCAUAGAGAAUUGUUGAAAUAUCUAAUUUAAGUAAAUAUACAAAAAGAAUACUAUCAUAAAAUUAAAAUGAAGGAUCUUACAUUAGAUCAUCAUAUGAUAGAAGAUAAUUAUGAAUUAUGA